ACCCUAAUCUAAGCACCAGUCGGCGGCGGCGCCCAGUUAGAAUGAUCUCGACAGAAAAGAGGAUAGUGGCGGCGGGGGAAAAGACGAGUGAGGAAGCUUUGAAGGAGGAGGCGGAGAUGGAGGGGGCAUCCGGGAAGCUCGCGGGGCUGCAGUCUAUCGUUUUACCUCCCGGCCAAACGACUAUGGAGUCCCGUGGCAGGAAGAAUCAUACGCGUGCAGAUAUGCUGGUAAAUAUACACAAGGCGCUUUUAGUAUUGGAAGGCAUGAUGAUGGAUAUAGCACCGGAUGAGUCGAAGGACACGCCCGAGGAUCACAUGUCCAACUCCGGCAGCAGUUCCGGCAAGCAGACUGUCCGCUCAGAAGCCGUUCCGAGAUUGGGGAAACAAGUUUUUUCACCUGCAAUGGAUUCGUUGAACAUGAUCAGUGGCUGGUACCCCAAUUUAGUUAAGAUAAGAAAGGGAUCAUAAAGCCCAAGGCGCUGCCGGAGGGUCCUGAUGCCUAUAUGGAGGGGUUGACGUUCCUGAAUGAUCUCAAAUCCAGGCUUGAGGAGAAACUCAAUCGCGCCAGCAAAUUCGACAGAUUGGAAUCAGAUGGUGCUGAUUGUGGUGGUCAUGAGAAAAAGGAUGAGCUUGGCAGGGGAAAAUCAGAUGGUGAUGCGAAGGUUGAAGCGGGCAAGCUUGUACUGGGACCUGCAUUUCCCAGUGGCAAGUCCAUGGUCGUAUCAGACAAGCAGAUGGUCGAACAUGCACCUCCUACUCCUGCCAUAGUGGUUUGUGGUGGCGAGUCCGUGGUCGAAUCAGACAAGCCGAUGGUCGAACCUGCACCUCCCAGUCCUGCCAUAGUGGUUUGUGGUGGUGAGUCCGUGGUUGAAUCAGGCAAGCCGAUGCUUGGACGUGUGGUGAUGACAAAAAGGAUGAGAUGGACAUCGCCAAAUUGUUUGACGAAUUCCAGUCGGAGACGGAUGCAGAGUCAGAGUCAGUGAUGGGUUCAGAUACCAAUGAGGGGAUGUCCAUUGUCAAAUCAGACAAGUUGAUAUUAGAUUCUGCAGAUCUCAUUCCCACCAGAUUAGAACAGUACUCGGUCCAGGAUCCUGAUCAUGAUGAGAUGGACAGAGGCAAACCAGGCACACUGUUAUCCAUGGAGGCCAAAGCCGCCGAGGCGGCGGCUCACGAAGCAUAUAGAUUUGCUUCAGAGAUCCGUUGCUGGGAAUCUGCAUGGAGCAAAACCUGCAAUUUCUUCACAGACACCACGGCGCUGAGUUCCAUGCAGUUUACACAUUACACACCUGGAAACAUGUCAUACCACCGUGUCGGCUCCACCCCGGAAACCUUGCAGAUCUUUUCCGUCAAACUCGCAAAGAUAGGUGGUGGUCUUGCGUGGCCAUUGUCUGUGUAUGGUGUGGUUGCCGCCCGUGACAUCGUGGAUCACAACCGCAACAUUCUCUUCUCUUGUAGUAGGAGCCAGGCCCAAGAACUGAGACAGGAUGAUCCCUUUUUGCACUUGAUUGGACCGUCUCGUGCAAUUGUAUUUAUGGACAUGGUUGACUUUGAAAUCCAACUAAAAGUAAAAGGUACAACAAAGUCUGAAGAUAAAGCAUUGAUCAGUUAUGUGUGCAAUUAUAAUGGAGGAUGUAGUCCUGGUGUAUCUACCUUAUGCAUUGAGAAAUUCUUCUGCACACUGGAGUUAUGCUUGCAGCGAAUUAGACGAACGGUCCAGGCUACUAUCUUGGGUGUUCAGGUAGUCAAAUAUGGCUCAUGGCCUUUUGAAUAUGGCGGCCGAGUUACUUGCUCCCCACCAUCAGAAGGGGAAAUGGUGUGCACUGAUAGUGGAGUCACUCCUAUUAUUAAUUUAGCAUCUAGCCAAAUUGUCCUGCUUGAGUCAAAAGGUAAAGCACUGCCGAAAGGUUUUCAUGGUUACAUAGUUCUGUCGAGGCAAGUUGUUUCUGUAGAAGCUGAAGGAGUGUUGGACCUUGCCCUGGAAGCCUACUCCAGAUCUGGUGAUACCACUACUGCACAAGGUCAUGUCCGUUUCUUGCCCAAAUUUUGCGGUAUAAGCCAGGAUAAAUGUUUUCUUGAUGAUGUCGAGGUAGUGAUUACUGUUGCUUGGUCCCUUGUUGCUACGAGCAAGCGGGAGGUGGUGUUAGAACGAGGUUUGUCUGAAUAUUGACCUAAGAGAUUUGGGCGAGGAACACCAACCAAUCCCAUGAUCUGAUUCGUAUGGGGGUUAUUGGAGUAUGUUAUGUAAUCUGUCAACAAUUUGUGCACCCACUGUAAAUGUGAUCUGAUUUGUAUGUGGGUUAUUGGAGUAUGUUAUGUAAUCUGUCAACAAUUUGUGCACCCACUGUAAAUGUCGUCCAACUAUGUACAGUAACUUCUAAGUUAUGCUCUGUCGUCUGAUGUUGAACUCUAUUCUAAAGUUGCUUCUUUAUGUUUUUAGUGCAUUGUGUGUAGUAUAAUAAUAUUUGUCAAAUGUCUUUUG